CAAUGAUGAUCUAAUUACGUUUUGUCAUUUUGCCUUUAAAACGCCUUUGCGUUCCUUGUUUGUCUCUCUCAUUUCCCUUUCUCUCCUUCGAUAUCCCUUUGCCAUCUGAAGAUCAUAACGCCAAAGUUGUCAAGGAACUCUACGACUUUUAUGUGAAUUCCGAAUUAUCGGCCGGAAAGCAUCUCUUGUUUGAUCGUGGAGGGCACAGCACGUCAUGGCUUUCGGAAGAGACAUGGACACGAAUGCACCGGAGAAAGAGAGGCACUUCGUGUUGAUCCAUGGGGCAUGUCACGGUGCCUGGUGCUGGUACAAGGUUGCCACCAUCCUUCAGUCUGCCGGUCACAGGGUCACCACCCUCGACCUUGGAGCCUCCGGCAUAAACCCCAAACAGGUGGGUGAUCUCAGUUCGAUGAUGGACUACGUGGAGCCGUUGUUCGAGUUCAUGGGUGCGCUUCCGUCUGGGGAAAGGGUGGUUCUGGUGGGCCAUAGCAUGGGAGGAGCUGCCGUGGCUAUGGCCAUGGAGAGGUUUCCGGAGAAGAUAGCUGUGGCUGCCUUUGCAGCGGCUAUGAUGCCGGGCCCUGACCUCGGUUUCAUCGAUAUAACCAAGGAGUAUUCUCGCAGACUGGAUUCGAAUAUGGACUCGAAGUACUUGUUCGGUAAUGGGCCAAAUGAACCACCAACCUCUUUCAUAUUUGGGCACAACUUCAUGAAGUCGAAAUUGUAUCAGCUGUCACCUCCCGAGGACUUCAUGCUGGCAACCUACCUGUUGAGGCCAGUUUGCUUAUUUCCCGAUGAAUCAGUGCUGCAAGAGCAGAAAGCGGUCACCAAGGAAAGAUAUGGGUCGGUACGACGAGUUUACAUCGUGUGCAAUCAGGAUUACGUGAUCAAGGAGGACCUGCAGAGAUGGAUGAUCGAGAAAAAUCCAGUGGACGAGGUGAGGAUGAUCUCGGGUUCAGACCACAUGGUCAUGUUCUGUAAGCCGGUAGAGCUCUGUUCUCAUCUCCAAGAGAUCGCAGAAAGUUAUUCUUGAACGGGUGGAAGUGUUCAUCGUGGAAAUAAAUCUCGUUAAAUUAUGACAUUUACAUCGGAGGAAUUAAUUAAGGAUUAUGCCAUGGGAAAAAGAAUUGCAUGUGUGAGGGUAAUUUUUACUUGUUUUAAUUUCGUUAAUUAUUAUGCAAUGCCUUUAAUUAUUUUCCAUGCAAGAUAUACGGUAUGCUUAAAAACUUUAAAUUUAAAUGGACUUGCUAUUAGUGAUAUGCUAUAGAGCCAAUUUAUGUAUUCGGAUAAUUCCUUUUAUGACAAUAAAAUUUAUUCUAUUAUUCA